AUGCCGCCAGACCUCGCCUCUCUCCACGGAGGCUCCCUCCUCCUCGCAUGGCAGCUCAAGGACAAGCACGUCCUCAUCGUCGGCGGCGGUGACGUCGCCUCAGGCCGCAUCGAGUCUGUCCUCGUCGCCGACGCGCGCAUUACCCUCAUUGCCCCCCGCGCCGGCCUCCACCCGCUCACUCAGUGGUUCGUCGACAACUCCGACCGCAUCACUUACCAUGACCGCCUCUUCGCUGGCCCCGAGGACCUAGCAGACGUCGACCUCGCUCUCACCGCGAUCGACGACGUCGACGCGUCGCGCGCCAUCUGUGCCCUUUGCAGGGAGCGCAGGAUCCCUGUGAACGUCGCGGACAUCCCGCCCUCCUGCGACUUCUACUUUGGGUCCCAGAUCCGGAGCGGGCCCCUGCAGGUCAUGAUUUCGACCAACGGCCGCAGCCCCAAGCUCGCGAACAUCAUCCGCCGCAAGAUCGAGGCGUGCCUCCCCGAGCAGGCGGGCGAAGCCAUCGAGAAGGUCGGCGAGCUCCGGACGAAGCUCAAGGAGCGCGCGCCUGGCGUGGGUGGAGACGUUGGCCGCCGCCGCAUGCGCUGGAUGGUCGACGUGUGCUCGAGCUGGGAUAUCGGCGAGCUCGCGCUGCUCGACGACCAGAUGAUGGCGCGCUUGCUUGACGAGGGUUGGGAGAAGAACCAGGUCCCGAAGCUCGAAGACGUCGGCGGGCAGGCGAAGAAAGCAGGCACCCGCAACUCGGGCCCGUAUGGACCGUUCUUCCCUACCGCGCUCGGUUUUGUCGCGGGCGCGGCCGCUGCGGCCGUCUUCCUGCUCGCGCGCCGUCAUUAACCGACAUCCACGCGCGACACAACACAUGCAAAAUAGAACGCGGCGCGCCCUUGCAAGCCGCUGGACCACGGAAUAGACGAUAGAGCUCCCCUCGGGUCCGGAAUUCAGCACGUCCAUACUCCUCAAUGUAACAUACUCGCAUUCACACUUGCUUUUUGCUUUGCUC